AUGGCAAAUGAUAAGCUUGCGGAGAUUGCAAUGACUGAUCCGAAGCGUGCAAAGAGCUGCCCGUUCCAAAGAAGGAAGAUGCGUUACAUUUCAGAGUUGGAGCACAAGGUUCAGACUCUGCAGACCGAAGCUACCACAUUAGAGAAUCUGCCGGGCUCACAAACCAGAACAACGAUGAAGUUUCGUAUUCAGGCCAUGGAGCAACAGGCACAACUUCGUGAUGCUCUCAAAGAAACAUUAACUGCCGAGGUCCGGCGACUAAAGCUUGCUACUCGAGAGCUAGGUGGUGAUUCUGAUCCGCCCAAGGGGAUGGUUUCACAGCAGCUUCCUGUUAACCACCAGAUAUUCCAGCUACACCAGCAGCAGUCUUCCCAGCUAAACAUUCCCCAUCAGUUCCAGCAGCAGCAGCCGCAAUCACAACAGCAGAACGGGAACACAAUGACAAAAUCCGAGUUGAAACAGUAGCUUGCGACUUCUCGAGGAGUUGAAAAGUCACAGUGCCUAUUUCAGUAUGUUAUUGUUUCAUAUUUUCUUCACCUGCAUCCAUUCAUUGGUUUUCUAAGUCCGAGUUCAACGAGUCCGGAGUGUCGCGGUUCGGAUAUCCAUCUCUGAUCACGGAAUAAAAACAAAAUAUAUAGCU